UAUUACGUAGAGCAGGUAUACGAAUCAAAGAGGAAGUAAAUUGUUGACCAGGAAGUCUUUUAUAACGAAGCGGUGUUUUUGACAGUUUUGAUUGUAGUUUCGUUAUAACUUUUUGCCAUGCCGACUGUAUCAAACUAAAAAUGGCUGCCACCAAAUCUGGGUCAGUGAGAUCAAAAUCAAGCAAGUUUGUUGUAGCAGCGAUUGAUUUCGGCACGACAUUUUCUGGAUAUGCCUUUGCAAUGCCAGAUGAGUUUGAGGCAGACCCACCGAAGAUAAGUGCAAAUACCACAUGGAUCGCCGGUGGUCAGCUUAUCUCACUGAAAAUGCCGACCGUAUUGUUACUAGACCCCAAACAAAACUUUGAGGCUUUUGGUUAUGAAGCUGAAAACAGAUAUUAUGAACUUGCCGCUGACGAUGAGCACGAGGGAUACUUCUACUUCCGGAGGUUUAAGAUGAAGCUGUACAACUCCACAAACAUUGACCGUGACACAAUGAUGGAAGAUGAGGAGGGGAAAAAAAUGAAUGCGAUAAAAGUGUUUAGCAUUUGCAUCAAGUACCUCAUGGAGCAAUUUAUGAAGACGAUUAAAAACAGGUUUGACCGGGUGACAGAGAUAUCGGAGAAAGACGUCGACUGGGUACUGACUGUAACAGCUAUAUGGAAUAACAGUUCGAAACAGUUCAUGAGAGAGGUCGCCGAAAUGGCUGGCAUCAAGAAGGACUCAUUAACCAUUGUACUUGAGCCGGAAGCUGCGUAUUUAUUUUGCAAGCAUCUUCCUAUCGAGCAGCUAAACAUGACCGGAGCUUCUUUGUCUCAGUCCCAAAUGUCACCUUUCUCAACUGGUCAACGCUAUAUGGUGGUCAAUGCUGGAGGUGUUUCCGUGAAUAUCAACGUUAUCGAGUUGGUGGGAGAAGGGCAACUAAAGGUGCUUAACAUGACCAGUGGUGGGCCUAGGGGAGAAACUCGUGUUGACGAAGCAUUCGAAGAUUUCGUGAGGAAACUUGUUGGAAAGGAAGUUUUUGACAAGUUCAAGAAGACAUGUGCUGAAGAUUUUGUUGAACUACAAAGGCAGUUCGAGACAAGGAAACGUGGCAUAAAGCACGACAAAAACGGGAAAGAAACGAUCAAUAUUCCGGUUGCUUUGACAGAAAUUUAUAUAAAUAAAACAAAGAAAACCAUGGACGAGGCGGUUAAGCAGUUUCAAGGCAAUUUGACAUGGACUGCUGGAAAAUUGCGCAUAAAUUGCGAAUUCGUGAGAGGAUGGUUUAAAGACACCUGUGAUAAUACAGUUAAAAAUGUACGGGAUCUAUUCAAACAACCUGCAAUGCUCAGUUGCAAGACCAUACUUCUUGUCGGUGGAUUUGCGGAGUCACCGGUGCUACAACAAGCUUUUCGAGAUAACUUUCCCGACAUGCGGCUCAUCGUGCCUGAAGAAGCUGGACUUGCAGUGCUCAAGGGCGCCGUUCUGUUUGGCCAUCUCAAACCAUAUCUUAGCACCCUGCACUGUUCCUCAGAUUGUUAUUCUGAAGAUAAGGAAACGAGUACCAAACCAGUUCAAACGAUUAUUGUUGCUGCAAUAGACUUCGGAUCGGCGUUCUCAGGAUUCGCCUUUGCAGUAAGAGAUGACUUGAAAACUGUCAGUGAUAAUCCGAAAAUCAGCACUGGGACGGGGUUUGUGAGUGGACAACUGAUUUCCCAUAAAACUCCCAUAGUGCUUUUGCUUAACCCAGACAAGUCAUUUGCGGCGUUUGGGUAUGCAGCAGAAGAAAAGUACAGUAAUUUGUUUGAAGAUGACAGGGAAAGAAAAAGCUCAAGCCACAGAUCUUACUACUACUUCCGGCGCUUGAAGAUGAGGCUGUAUAGCUCAGACAGGCCUAUGACGUUGAGCAGAGAUGUUGAAAUUCUGGACGAGCAUGGGAAGAGAAUGAAGGCAAAUGAAGUCUUCAGCAUUUGCAUCAAAUAUUUAGCGGAUGAGUUUAUGAAGCUGGGAAGAAACAGGUUACCAGAUUUGACCAAAGACGAUGUCCAUUGGGUAUUGACAGUUCCUGCCAUUUGGUCUGACAGUUCAAAGCAGUUCAUGCGAGUUGCAGCUGAGCUAGCCGGGCUAGAUGGAAAUCGCCUUACAAUAGCUCUUGAACCAGAGGCAGCAUCGCUGUUUUGUAUGCGUGUACCGAUCAAGAGCCAAGCAGAAGCGUCCACAACAGUGUCACAGUUUCAAGAGGGGACGAAGUACAUGGUAGUUGAUGCAGGAGGAGGCACUGUAGAUGUUAUCGUGCACGAGAUAGUUGGCGACAAAAAGCUGAAGGAACUGACGUCGGCCAGCGGAGGGCCAUGGGGUGGUACAAUGGUUGACAACGAAUUCGAUGCUUUUAUGGAGACAAUUUUCGGCAAAGACUUCUAUUAUCGGUUUAAAAACGAAUGUGUAGGCGAUUACACCGAUCUUCAUAGAGAGCUUGAACUGAAAAAGAGGAACGUAAAUUCAAACAACGAUGAUAAAGAAACCUUCUCAUUGCCAUUUGCUUUGCUGGAGUUGAUGGACAAAAAAAUGGCUACGUUAGUGGACCAACGGCUGCAAAUAUACAACGGCGAUGUCUCUUUAAGGAGUGGAAAACUUAGGAUUGCCAGCAAGAUAAUGAGAGGAUGGUUCAAAGAAUCCUGUUUGAAGACUACACAGCACUUAAAGAGUAUUUUGCAACAAAAAGUAUGCGCUGGAACAAACACCAUUUUGUUGGUGGGUGGUUAUGCCGAGUCCCCAAUGUUGCAAAGUGAAAUUAAAGAUGCAUUCAGAGAUAAAACAGUCAUAAUCCCGGAUGAAGCCGGCUUGGCCGUAUUAAAAGGCGCUGUUCUGUUUGGAAACGACCCUCUAGUUGUAGUAUCAAGAAUUGCAAGAUGCUCCUAUGGCAUUUGUGUGUUCCGCGAUUUUGACCCAAGGAUACAAGGAACUUAAAUGCAAGGAUAUCUUUGAAAAACAUGUUCAAAGAGGUGACGAGCUUACCGUUGGACAGGCACAGUUGCACCAACGGUACUCUAAAUUAGAAGCUGACCAAAUCUCGUUUGUCCUGGAUAUAUAUACAUCCACCAAUGCCGAUCCAAGAUUCGUUGAUGAUAAGGAUUGUACGUACCUUGGAUGCCUCGAGAUAGAAGUUCCCCCAGAGGACAGCAAAGAAAAUGGUAUCAAAGUUAACAUGACGUUUGGGGAAACAGAACUGGAGGUUGAAGCCAAAGAUGAAAAAUAUGGCAAAACGAAAAAGGCUACGUUUGAUUUUUUGGUAGACAACCUCAACCUACAGUCAAAUAUUGCAUUGUAACCCAUGUCUUUGAUAAGACAGCGCCAUAUGAGAGUUCCAACUACAUUUGAUAUUGCCAAAGUCAAACUUAAAGUUUAAUCAUCUUAAGAAAAGGUUAAUCAUUUAGAAUUUUUGAAAUUUAUUUUUCACAAAAUAUAUGGAUUCGAAGGAGUUUGGGUGAUAACAUAAUUAAAAUCGAAGUAAAUGACAUAGAUAAUGUCUAAUGAACAUCGACAUUUAUGCAUCCUUGAAUUAUAAAAACUGUUACACCUCGCUCAUACAUUAAAAGAGAAGGUUGUUUAAUAGUUGAAAUGUACUUUCAUUUGAUUGAUUAUACAGCUAAGUACUUGCAACAUUGAAAGAGAGUGUCGAAGAGUUAUGAUUUAUAAUUUAUCCAAUGUUGGCCUUUUUCCAUUAAUUGCUCGUCCUUUGCCAUAAAACUGCAGCCGUCUUCGAUAUGUUGACCGCUAUACUGACAAGAUGUAAUACACAGAAAAGUGCUGACGAAAGAGAAAAAAGAAAUUAGAAGACGACUGACAACAUAAUUGUUUACUAACAUUGUUUAAUGGUUGCAACGUACUUUCAUGUGAUUGUUUUACCUGGUGAAUAAGAUCUUGUUUUGCUAUGGUCAUGACCUAUUUUCAAUCAGCGUUGCGUGAUUUUAUCAGCUUAUUUUUACAUUUAACCAGUAAUUUUAAACAUCUUUGUGUUGUUUUAGUAUUUCUAUGUUACAGUCCGCUUUUUUAUCUACAUAGCAGUCGUUUCAUGUAUUAAGAUUAUAAUAUCUCUGUUUAACACAUUGUGGUUGUACACGCAUGUUACUGAAAAUAUACAUUGUCUUAACAUAUACAAAAGGCAGUUACAAUCUGUCACAAAUGACAUAAGAUUCACUAUAACGGUGAUUAUAUUGUUUAAGAUACUGAAAUGUUACACCACUUCAGGUGGUCGUUUUUACAUGUUUGUGUUGUUUCAGUCCAAGACCUGGAAAUGUUUUAUAUUGAAAACCAAUAUUUUUACUUCUUAUGCCCUUUAUAUGAAUGCACGUGUUUAUAAUGUUUAUAUAUGUAUAAACACUAAUGACAUGUGUACAAUGUGACUUUUCGUAGCAAUUACACAUUUAUUUUAAGCCCUUAUGAGCUACAAGCGAAACCGGUAGGCUUAUUAAAGAAAGGAAUACCUAUGUGAUGUUACUUUUUUAUUUGAUUUUAUAUGCAUGUGUAUAUACAUAUAUAUAUGAAAAUCAGAUGUCAGUAAUUUAAUUUAGCUCUAUACUUAUGUUUAAUAUAUUUUUCAAUACAUGAUUGUUUGUCAUCUUAUCAAAACUAUUCUUGUUUUCUUGGAUUUUAUAUGUUUAUAGUGUGCCGCAGCUAGGAAUAUGUUUAUUGAGUGCUUAAGCGUUGUAGGAAGCUAACAUGUAUCAUUCAUUGUAAGAAUGGUAGCAGUAAAUAAUCAGUUUCAUUUCUUUAAUAAUUUGACCUGGAUAUGCAAGAUUCCGUGAGCCUGUUUUAGGUUUUGAAUGUCUUGCAGAUGCGAGGUCUCCGAGCGAAAAUAUAUUCGGUCAGUAAGUGAGGUCUGAGUGGAAAUACAUGAAUGCAUGUUUGGUUUUGUGUUAAUAAUCGGAAAACGUACCAAUGUUUAGUAAGUAAUAUUUUUGUUACAAUUUUGCUUUUUAUAAGUGAAGUUAAUUAACAUUAGUUAAUGAAAGUUUAGCAAGGGCACUUUUGAUGGAUAAACAACUUCAGAGCAUUUUUUGUAACUUUAAGUAUUUUUGAAUGUCGUGAAAAUAUUUUGUGAGCCUUUAUCUGUUAUGUUAAUUGCAUUGUUUUGAUUGUUAUCGUGUAUAUGAUGUAGUUGUCUUGAUUAUUGCAUUUGGGUUAUUUCAGACAACCAUUCCUUUACGUUCUUUUGCGUACAAUUGCGUUAUGUUGUGUUCCAUAACGUUCUGUUAUGCUGACUGAUCGACUGUUUGAUUGUAUAGGAAAAUAUGAGCUAGUAUAUUAAAACGAGUUCCGGUUUAUUAUGUGAACGGAAGAUUCCGCGAUUUAGUGACUUGAAACCGCGAUAGUUAAGGUUAUGCUGCACAUUAACUUUUCCUGAUAACAAGUACACCGUCUUAAAGUUAGACAGAAAUAACGUGUACUAUGUAAUCCAUAUGUGGUGCGACUUUUCCGUAUUUGGCGCGACUUCGUAAUGGAAGAUCCCUAUAAAUAUAGACAACAGGAAAUAGAUGUUAGUUUCUUAAUUUUGAAGAAGAAGGAAAUGCCAUUUUUUAUAUUAAAAAUAAUAUUAUUAUUGAACAGUAUUAUUUUCAUUUUUUUAAUCAGAUCAUCGUGUAUAAAUAUGUCACUGGGGCGGAUUGAAGUUUUAUUUUAUAAGUGCCAUUUAUAAUUCAAAUCAGUGACGAUUUAUUAGUUUUCUUUAAUAGCAUAAUAACUGUUCAUGAUUAUCAACAAGAAGCUAAUAUAACAUAAUACCUAAAUUCUUUUCUAAUAAUAAUUCUUACAAUACUCGGAAAAUGAAUGUCAACUGAGCAAAUAAUUAAAAUUAAAAUGUACAGUUGUUGAACCAGUGUUGUCAUUAAUCUUUAUGUUCUUGAAACUUCUUAUUGCUGGUCAUGAGUACAGAGAACUCGUUUAUGGCGGUAAAUGGCCAUUGGAUUGGCCGUGGAAAAUCAAUUUCUGAGAGUGCCAGAAAACAAAGAAAGCAAAGCCAAAGGCCAAAAUAGCUUGUCAUGCGUUGGUGCGGUGUAUGUCGUUUGUGCGUCUGUCCGUGCGUCUGUAAUCUGCUGCUUUUUAAUACUGAGAAAGAGUUCUUGUUUUGCGGUUGUGCAUAACCUAUUUGCAAUCAGCUUUCUGUGAUUUUAUCAGCUUUUUUUUUACAUUAAACUAGUUAUUUUAAA